AGUGUGGAGGCCGGUAGGCAACCGCGUGCCCGCCUCGGUCCUGAACUCUCUGACCCCGACGCGUCACCGCAAAAUAGCUACGUCAAUGAAUUACUAUAAGAAUUCUUAAAGUGACUAUUCGUAUAAUAAAAAUGUCAAUUGAUUUUUAAACGAAUUAACGUAUAGAUACAAGAAAAUCAGCAUUCGAUCAUGAUGCGUUCUACAACAUCAAGACCUCUGGGGCUGUUAGAACGGAUUACGACAAGCAGUCCAUCGAGUACUACCGGAAAUAACGUCUCGCCAGUAGCUAAGACGGCGGCCAAUAGCAACAAGAGACCUACGCCUAUCAUCAUUUAUCCCACAGUAACGCCGGAGUCUAUCGUAGUGCCUAUAGUAUCGUGUAUAUUUGGAUUUCCACUGUUGGCACUGACGGUUAUUUGCUGCCUGCGACGUCGAGCCAAGCUAGCCAGAGAACGCGCCAGACGGCGUAACUGCGAGCUGGAUAGAGGUGAGCUCUCCGUGGUGCGCCUGUCUCCUGUGAAAGCAAAGCCUCGGCCGGUGAGCUUGGUGAGAUCGCCGCGACCGCCACCUACCCUAGAACUCGACACAGUACUGGAAGAGCGAUCAGACCCUGAACAAACAACCCUUUCACAGGUCGAGGUAACACCGGAUCGUGAAGUGGGAGCGAUCAUCUUCGGUGCUGUGGGAACGGCCAGCACGGCGGUGGCGUGCACGCGGGACAGCUAGCGGCGUGGCUCGGCUGUGCUGGGCGCCAGGUCUCCGCUCUGGGCGGCGCUCACCAGCCAGCCUCUCGAUGACGACGACGAAGAUGCUAUCAACGACGACGACAGCUAACAGCUCGACGAGCGCACUCUGACCGACAUCGGAGAGCGCAUGAAAUUAUUUUUAGACAUCCCCUUACGGUUUUAGGUCUAGGUGCUUGUGAAUUAGUAGUAAAAACGAUUAACCCCGACCAGCUAAUGGGUAUCUAAAUUUUAGAUCUACGUUUUCAAAUAGAUUUUAAACCCCUACGGCUUCAAAGAUACAGAUAUAUCGUCUUUUCGCAUUAAGUGUACAAUUUCCAAAAAUAUUCGAAAUUGAGUUAAUAUACGGAAUCAUUUGGUAUCAACAGUAUUUUUCUCAUAAAUGCUGUUAAAAGAGCGUAGUUUAGUUUUAGUUUUUUUUUUAGUUUACCUAUAUUUUGACUACUAUUAACAAAAUUAAUACAUAAUUUUAUCUUACUUUAAAAGACAGAUAAUGUAACUGAUAAAAACUAAAAAAUAAAUAUUGCAAAGAUGAUUAAUAUUAAAAAUAUCAUAAUGUGUUAAGCCUUUAAAACACUCUCCUGUAAAAUUUAGUAAGUUUUGAGAUUAUACAGUUUUAAUGCGAAAAGACGAUAUAUAGUAAGUAGGUAAAUGACAAAGGAAGGAUCUUCCACUGAACGAGUUUCUUGCUCGGUAGACCAAAUUUUCUGAAUAUUGUUGUACGGUACUUGUAUGUAUAUAUAUAUAUGCUAGUUUAUCGUGAAAAUAUCAGUAGCGCUAUUCAGAUUUUUGACAAAUGUCUUCUAUUCUGUGAUAGCUACGAUUACAAAUCAAAUUAUUAAGGCAUAUUAAUCCUUGAAUUAGUAGGUAAUAAGUUUUAUUAUUUUGUGUCAAUGUCGAAUGAAAUUUUAAAUGAAUAAUGCGAUUAUUAUUAUUUGUGUUUUCUCUUUUACGAGUAAGAAAAAGUAAUGCGAUAAAAGCUAUUAGUUAUAUCAUCACGAAAAUUGUUGAAAAUGUAAAUAAAGCCUAUUUGAAAAAUUCUCGCACGUAAAUUUUUUUAGGGUGUCCAUUUAUUGAUCUCCAUUAUUUCUAGAGCACUGCCUUCAUUUUGCAAACCUAGUGUAGCCAAUUAGUCGUAAAACAUUAAGCACAUGCAUGCGCAACAAAACGAAUUUAACAAUAGAAAAAUAGUCUAGCAUAGCCGAUGUUCUAAUGCAAUUAAGAGUUCGAUAAGGAGGUUAGAAGUAAGAGAAUAUGGGAGCCUAAUUAAAAAAUAUACAGCUAUAAGCAGCAAAUUAUAACUCAAAAAUACACUAAAAUAGCAAUGGCGCGGCAAGUCGUAUGAUAUUAGUAACAGAGUGAAGUGUGCUGAGAAGAAAAAAAUUAACAUGAAAUACUUUCGGUACUUUGAAAUUACACCACUUACGACAGUGGCGCCAUCCUAGUUCGCUUUUCGACGGACGUUUUUUCAUAUACAGAGAAUGUGCUCCAUACCUCUACCCUCCACAGAUUUCGAACACGUCUAGAGGUGGGCGGCAUUAUUUUCGUUCCCAACGCCUUUGUAGAAGGAACCUUAUGCCCCAGCUAGGCCAUGAACGUAUGAGUUAUGUAGAAAACAGAUGUACCUAAUAUUGUAAAAAUAAUAUAUUUGCUGGAACUUACCAAUAGUUCCUAAACAUUAAAAUAAAAACAUACAUCGUAAACAAAAAAUAGUUAUCGAACUUAAAUAAAUUUAGAACUAGUGCAAUCGUAGAAAUAACUAUACUAGUUUAUAACAUUGGAAAUAAGUACUUAGGUACAUAAUGAUUAUGUAAUAAUUUGAUACCAAACGCACAUCGACCCGCGCCUACAUAAAUCAUGUUAUUUAUAAUAUAAUAAGAUGUAAAGAUGCAAUUCGAAUAUUAAUAAGCCCUCAUAAAUUAAAGAUGCGAAUUGUAAUAUAUAUGUAGAAUACACAUGUUGGUAAAUUUAGUUCUAUCAAUGUCAUAAUAUAUAGUCAUUAAAAGAGGCACACCUUGACCAAAGAGCCCGGUUCCCAGUUCAAGGACAUGUUUUGAAACAAACACAAGUAAUUCAAGUAUCACAUGAUUCUGUUUUCAAAGCCUGAUCAUGACGAAGUCAUAGCAUGUAAAUUGCAAAAUUCACAGCAGGUUUUAAAAAAUAAUUGUAUUUAUUUUCGCACGAAAAAUUAAUAAUUAUUCACAACGCAAUUGUCUUGCGCAAAUGUUUUCGACUCAAUGGUUUUUUUUUUAAUUUAAAUUAUUUAUAAGUUAAUUUGUAAAGUAAAAAUUGCUUAUUGUUUAGUAAGGAUGUGCAUUUGUUGUAAAAUAAUUAACGCUUUACAAUAGUUCAUUUUUGUUAAUUGUUCGUUCGUUAUGUGAUAAUAUAAUGUAUAAAUUAUAAAUGAAAACCGACUUCAGACCGAAUCACGACGGGACCACCUCGAAAGUAAUAAUUGUAAAUAGACAUGCUUUAACAAAAACCGACUUCAAAUAGAAAAAAAAAAGUUAUUCCAAAACAAAUUAAUAUAGACUAAAACAAUAAUCAUCGAAAUCGGUUAGCGUGAUAUUGAGUUAUUCAUCUAUUUGUCGCGCACAUAAUUAAUGCUUUAAGAUUUAUAUGGUUUUCUCAUGGAUACCAUUAUCAGAUCUGGACUAAAUUGAGUGCACAUGGGGAAAAUGAGAGCACAUGGGAAGUGUCAGCUUUCUAAUAAAAAAAGAAUCAUCAAAAUCGAUUCACCCAGUCAAAAGUUAUGAGGUGACAAACAUAAAAAAAACAUACAGUUGAGAACCUCCCCCUUUUUUGAAGUCGGUUAACAAUAAGACAAAAACCUUUUUAAGCCCUGUCCAAAAUUACCAAAUAAAUCGAAGAGCACGCAUAAAAUACAAACAGUCAAAACACAGCAUCGCGCCGUUCUAUGAAGUCGACUAAAAAGAAAAUGUUAAUAAUAAAUUAAUAAUUGUAAAACACAAGUACGGAAAUAAAAUCGCUAACUAUAACAAA